CAAAGGGUGGAACAGGAGAGAGAGUAAAGGGAAGUUGAGAACAAGGGUGGUUAGUCACUUUCCUCUGUGGGUGGUCCCCAGUCCCUCCCCGAGAAGGCGAUACCACCGUCGCAGCAGCAGGAGACAAGCUCGCUCGCUGCUAGCUGCGUGCGUGGCAGCAGCAGCAGCAGCUGCUGCUUGGUCUGGAGAGAGAGAGCCACACAGGGUAGAGGUAGAUCAGCCAAGACGGCAAAACCUCUAAUAGUUUAAAUCCAACCCAUAUCUCAUCGACCUCAAUCCCUGAGCACGCAUAGCCGGCUCUUGACCGGAAGUAUCAGGAUAGAUUUGGCCACUAGCCAGAUCGAAUCAGAUAUGGCUCACUGCUAUACAUUGUAUGGCGGACAUGAUAUCGCAACGCCUUAUGUGACGAGUCACCACAAACUAGCUUCAUGCCUUGAUUCCCGACUAGAUCCUUUGGAUACUUUUUCCUUCCAAUCGAUCCGAUAUCGUCUUCAUUCCUCAAUGUCCGACAUGCCCAUCUCAGAUCCAUCUCCCUCAUACAGCUUUCCACCGAGACAUUCCUCAUCCGCCUCUAGCUCUCAAUCCUCAUCUCUACCUCAACGACGCGUCUCGAGACCGUCUCCUUCAGCAUCUGUCGAUCCGGCAAGCUCUUCACGACCCCAACAUGAGAUCCAACCUCCCAGUCGACGUCUUUCCUCUCAUCAAAUGCUCCUUCUCACUCCCUUUGGCAGCAAUGUUCCCGAUGGUAUAUUCGUGCCUGGAGAAUCAUCGAGUUUCAUGACGAGGAACGUGCCGAUCUCGGCAGAAAUGAGCGUCGGGAGUAGUAGCAACAUGACUCGAAUGAGGACAAAGAGUGUAGGAAGAUCACAGGAUCCAAGAACGAGUACUUUUCCCCCUCCGAGUGGGAUGAGACGUGGCAGUUCGCGCAUGGGAUCACCGUCCAGCUCCAACAUGCAGGUAGCCAAUCCUUCCUCGCUGGUCUCUGCGCCAAUGUCGACCAUUCCUUCGGCGUCAGAGAGUGAGACAGAGAUCGAAGCGGCUCACGGCCACCAUGUCGAAAGUGGAGCAUCGGUGUAUCCGGUAUUUAUCGGUGAUCACCUCAGUACCGUUCCAAUGACUCGGUCCACCUCAUCCCCUGUCAUGAGCUUGCAGGCUUUGGAAGAGCUCAAGAGGAAGGACGGGGAAUUAGGUAUAGCCAGGGGGGGCAUGUGGGCAUGGAUCUCGCACGACAUGGACGAGGUUGAUUCCCCUCGCGGUGAAUCCUCGACCAUGAUCCAGUCUUCCAAUCCUAGAGAUGUCACUCCCAGUCCAACCACAUCUGCUUCCUUGCCCCUUUUUCGAGAUCCAUUCGCUCCUCCGUUACCGCUCGGCGCCUCUGUCAUGACGAGAGAGAUCCCCACUUCUGCAUCGUCCUCCACCACUACUUUCAGUCAAUUAGAUGGGAAGGGUCGAGUGGCGACAGCAUCGAAUUAUCAUUAUUCGCCAAACCAGGCGGUCAGAAGAUCAAGUCAGCCCCCGAGCAGGAUUUCGAAGACGAGCAGGUCGCACAAGUGGCGGAGCUGGUGGUAUUGGUGGUGGUGGUGUUGGUGCUUGGGCAUCGGUAGAUAUCAUAGAUUCGUUGACUGCUCCGUCAUCACCACCUGUCAGCCUACCUCGAAGUAUCACACCGGACUCCUCAAUACUCGAUGCUGGCUCUGCAUCCGAUCACACGACUUUAGGUGGUCGUUCGCAUCGAAGUGAUUCGCCAGCGUCGAGGAGUGAAAAACUUGGUCUUCCACCAGUUGGCGCACCCUUUCGUCGUCGAUUCGAAUCUGUCGACUCGGCAUUCGCUUCUUCUUCAAACGGUGGAGGACCAACUUCAGCUCUCGCCCCUCGCCCAAGUGAAGGUGGCGGGGUCUCAGGACUUCAAGUGACCAUUGGACCUUUCACCGGACCCGAUUGGAGGGGAGAUACCUUGUUCCC